GCGCUGUCCUCGCGCUCCUCCAGAAAUAAAAGAAGCGAUUUUGACACCACACAAAUUAAAAGGCGAGAAGAGAAGAGAAGAGAAGAGAAGAGAACGCAGGGCAGCCAGCGCGCGGCUCCGCUAUCUGAAGCAGGCCGGCAGGGACGAGCGAGAGAAUCCGGAGGUCGAGGUCGACCCAAGCUCGAGCUUGAAAGGAUGGACUCGAACCAGGGCGUGGUGGCGGUGGUGAAGCCGACGCUGGCCAAGGGGACGCCGUCGGCGUCGUUCCGGCUCCGCAACGGGAGCCUGAACGCGGUGCGCCUCCGCCGCGUGUUCGACCUGUUCGACCGCAACGGGGACGGCGAGAUCACGGUGGACGAGCUGGCGCAGGCGCUGGACGCGCUGGGCCUGGACGCCGACCGCGCCGGCCUGGCCGCCACCGUGGGCGCCUACGUGCCCGACGGCGCCGCGGGCCUCCGCUUCGAGGACUUCGACAAGCUCCACCGCGCGCUCGGGGACGCCUUCUUCGGCGCGCUCGCGGACCACCAGGACGACGCCGCGGACGCCGGCGGCAAGAAGGGAGAGGAGGACGAGCAGGAGAUGCGGGAGGCGUUCAAGGUCUUCGACGUCGACGGCGACGGCUUCAUCUCCGCCGCCGAGCUGCAGACGGUGCUCAAGAAGCUGGGACUCCCCGAGGCCAGCAGCAUGGCCAACGUCCGGGAGAUGAUCACCAACGUCGACCGCGACAGCGACGGCCGCGUCGACUUCAGCGAGUUCAAAUGCAUGAUGAAGGGGAUCACCGUCUGGGGCGCCUGAUCGUCCAUCUAAAACUGUGUCAAGGUCAAGGCAGGGCAUAAAAAUUUAACCCAAGCUCCUGGAUAUGGUGGUCAAGAGAUGGCAAGAUUAUGGGUAGUAGGUUAAUUUCCUAAUUAACUAUUCUUCCAGGCUCCGUGUUUCGUCCAGACAGUGCGGCGUUCUUAUUCUUAUCUUAUUAAUUAGUGGCACCGAUGCGUCUCUAAUUGUCUAGUUGUGUCUGCUGGUGUUUAAUUUUGUCGUCCUUCACUGGUCUAGUGGUGAUGAGAAUGCCCUGUGCUGUGUGUCUGACUGUCGCAUAACCAUGGCACGGCAUGACAUUACUGAAAUUUAGGCCUCUGCCAGUUGAUAAAAAUGUAUCAAACUCGGUUAUUCUGAAUUCUCCAUCAGUGUCUUGGGUU